UUGAUAAGGCGGUCUCCUUGGCGAUAUGACCGCCCUCGUAAGCCCUACUUUCUCUAGGGCUCAUUGGUGAUAAAAGAGAGGAAUAGCAGAGAGCGCCACGCAAGCGCAAAACCAUUGAGAAAACUGAAAAAGGGUAGAAAGAAGAAGAAAACCAGGGCUUAUCUCAAUUCGUUGAGCGGGUUUUCAGAGUUCAGAUACUCUUUCUUCGCAGAACAAUUCAACGAGUAUGGAUCGGUAUCAGAGGGUGGAGAAGCCGAGGCCGGAGACGCCGAUUAACGAGAAUGAGAUUCGCAUUACCACUCAGGGGAGGAUGAGGAACUACAUUACCUAUGCCACUACUCUGCUCCAGGAGAAAGGAUCUAAUGAAAUUGCUCUUAAAGCCAUGGGUAGAGCUAUAAACAAGACGGUGAUGAUUGCUGAAUUGAUUAAGAGAAGGAUUGCUGAUCUUCAUCAGAACACGGCAAUUGGUUCUACCAACAUAACUGACAUGUGGGAGCCACUAGAAGAGGGACUUCUUCCCCUGGAGACUACUCGCCAUGUAUCAAUUAUAACAAUUACUUUGUCCAAGAAGGAACUAGAUACAUCCUCCACGGGGUACAUGCCACCUAUUCCAGCUGAUCAAGUGAAGCCCUUGACUGAAUAUGAUUAUGAAGGAGAGGGCUCCCCUAGCAUGCGUGGUAGAGGACGUGGUGGUCGUCGAAGGGGCAGAGGAAGAGGGAGUUUUAACAAUGGAGUUGUGGAAUACAAUGGGGAUGGUGGCUUGGAUGGUGGGCGAGGAUAUGGAGGUAGGGGACGAGGUCGGGGGCGAAACCAUGGCUAUCGUGGGCGUGGAAGGGGGUAUGGUGGUGGGAAUAUGCAACAAGACUUUAGUGGUUAUAAUAACUAUGGGAAUGAGUAUGGGGGAGGGGCGCCUCCUGCAUAUGGCCGUGGACGAGGGCGUGGACGGGGCAGGGGCAGGGGUCGUGGCCGUGCAUGGGGUUCCAGAUCAGACGGUCCAGUCCAGGCAGAUGCUUGAGCCCUAGGCAAAGUAUAAAAUCUGGUUUAUGUUGCAGAAAGUUUGGGAUGCCUGCUCUGUUUAUUAUGUCUUAUUCCGAGGGGAAGAAUGAAAAAGAGAAAAAAAAAAAAAAAAAUUAACUAAUGAUCUUCUAGGCAUGUUAGUUAUAGUGAGCUGCUGCAUAUUGUGCGGUUGCCAUGUUUUUGUAGUUGGAAGGUAGGCUAACUUUUAUUUUAUUGCUGACAAAAACUUGGAAGAUUUACACGUUUUUGUUUUAGAUUAAUAAUAGGGCAGUACAUUCUUUCAUUUUUGAUACUUAACAGUUAACAAUUCUGAAAGGGGCAUCAGAAGGUUUUAGUC